UCCCCCUCCGCCUCUCUCCCUCUCUCCUCUCUCUCUCUCCCUCUCUCUCAGUGGCAAUGGAGAGACUAGUGGAAGUGUCGGACCAAGAGGUGCGCAUAGACUUCGCGCUUAACUGCAAAUGCCGGGCUAACGUGCGCCUGAGGUCACUUUCAACCACCACCCCCAUAGCCUUCAAGGUCCAAACCUCUUCGCCCAACAAGUUCCUCGUUAACCCGCCCACUGGACUCAUUCCUCCCUCAUCCUACGCCACGUUACAGAUCAUCCUCAAACCCCAGACCCAACUCCCACCCACCUUCCCCCGCUCACCGUCCGAUCGUUUCCUCAUCAAGACCGCCGAGUUCGUUCCCAGCUCUCCCAAGUCUACUCACCAGGACUCUAUCAACUCCUGGUUUUCCACCAGGCCCCACGGGUCAACUCAGGACCUCAAACUCAAGGUCGCCUUUGUGGGUCCCGUACUUCUCCUCCACGCCGUCAGAUGCGGAGACUUGGACUCCGUCAGGAGCUUAAUCAAGCGGCAGAGACCUGUUCUGGCCGAGUUUUCACCCGGGGAAGCCGACUCACUCCUCCGUGUCGCCACUGAAUUGUUCAACUCGGAGGAGAUGGUGAACCUGCUUGUUGAAGCUGGGCUGAAGAUAGACGCACGGGUAAAGCUGGAGAGUGCGAGUUCUACGGUGGAUUCAUCGAAGGUGUGGCACCAACUGCACGUAGCGGUGUCGUUUGAUCGGACGGACGAGAUGUUGGAUUUGAUAAAGACGAGGGAAUAUGGGUCGUUGGAUUGGAGGGAUAAGGAGGGUCGUACGCUUUUGCAUUUGGCUGCGAGUAAGGGAAGUAUCGGGUGUGCGAAGGUGUUGCUAGAAUCGGGUGCGGAUAGGAACGCGAGGAGUCAAGACGGCCGCACCGCGCUCUAUAGGGCAUCGGCUAAUGGAGACCGUCAGAUGGUGGAGAUGCUGAUCGAGUUCGGCGCGGACCCCACAAUCACCAAUGAUCGUGGGCGAUCGCCACUUGACGUUGCUCGUGACAAGGAACACAAAGAGGUUGUGAUGAUUCUGGAACGAGGAAAAGCAGUGCUAAUGGCUGCAAUGCGCGGAGAGUCGGAGCACCUCGAGUCGCUGCUCCGGAAAGACGCGACAACAAACUACCGCGACCAAUAUGGCUUGACAGCCCUCCAUGCAGCAGCUAUAAAGGGGCACAGGGAUGCAGUGCUGAUGCUUGUUGAAUACGGGGUGGACUUGGAAUGCCAGGACAAUGAAGGCCAUGCACCGCUACAUUUAGCUGUGGAGGGUGGCAGCCUAGAGACAGUUGAGGCAUUGGUGGAGAAGGGGGCUGAUGUUGAUGCCAAGAGCAUGAAGAAUGCUACCCCGCUCUUCAUAGCUAGAGUCAUGGGUUACGAUGAUAUCUCUGAGUUCCUCAUAAGCAGGGGAGCCGACUCUUCUCUUACAUCUUUUUCUUCUCCUAGUUAGAAUCUGUAUGCUACCAAUUUUCAUUUAUUGUGAAGUAAUUUAGGAUACACGUUCAUGAUUA